GAUGCUCUGCGGCAUGUGUUUGCAAGUAGGAUUGUCGAGGUUAAGGACUCUCCGCAAUGGAAUCGAUUGUCAUUUGUUUCGUGCGCGUGCAAUGGCUUAGUUCGCAUGGACGAGUCUUUGCAACUUCUACCUGCUGUUGAAACCCUUGAUCUGAGCCGAAACAAGUUUUCAAAAGUGGACAAUCUUCGCAAGUGUGUGAAACUGAAACAUCUGGAUCUUGGUUUUAAUCAUUUAAGGACAGUUGCCUCUUUCGCUGAGGUCCCGUCGCGUAUAAUUAAACUUGUUUUGAGGAACAAUGCUCUAACUACAUUGCGUGGGAUUGAGAAUUUGAAGUCACUUGAAGGACUUGAUGUGUCCUACAAUAUAAUUUCCAAUUUUUCAGAGCUGGAGUUCCUUGUGGAUAUUACAUCUUUACAGAAUUUAUGGCUAGAGGGAAAUCCCUUAUGUUGUGCACGGUGGUAUAGGGCACAUGUGUUCAGCCUUUUCUCUCAUCCAGAUAAUUUGAAGUUAGAUGACAAGGGAAUCUGCAAAAGAGAAUUUUGGAAGAGGAAAAUUAUAAUUGCUAGCAGGCAAAAGCGACCUGCCAGUUUUGGAUUUUAUUCCCCUGCAAAAUAUGGUGCUCAAGGAGAGGGGAGUACAAACAGGAAAAAGAGAACAAUUUCUCGAAUUGCUUCUAUUCAUAGUGAAGAAGAGAGUACUUAUUUCUGUUCUGAUCAGGAGUCUGUAUCCUGUGAUAAUGAGACUCGAAGCAGAGAGGAAGCAACAUUAUCUGAUAAUGAAGUUGAAGUAGUUGAUUUGAUGAAGAAAAUUGAAUUUAUGAAGAAAGAGCGUUCUGCACUUUGGCUGAGAGAGUUUGAGGACUGGAUGGAUCAUGCUCCUCCAAAUACUGUUAAUGGCAAUCUCAACAGGGCUAUUUUGCACCCUUGGAAAGAAAAUUUUAUGAAAAGUAGGAAAACUCCACAGCAUAUUGGUGAGAGCUCUAGAUAUAAAUCUGACUCUAUACAGGCAUCGGGAGAUGAAAGUAUUACAAAUUUUGUGGAGUCAGAUAAUUUCUUUGUAAACAUGCCUAGAGGUUUGACGAAAUCCCAUUACUUUGGCCUGAAUGGUUCACUGGGGAAUGAUGUUGAGGUGCCCCUAUCUAGAACACAGAGACUGAAUCUUAAUAACGGCCACCUUAGUUCUUCAUUUGAAGGAAUCGGUAGUCCAUUCAGUCAAAUGAAAAGCUUUUAUCCUCUGUAUAAUAGGUCCCUGGGUGAUCAAACAAAGGUUGAAGACGUUUGUAUGUCACCACUGAGUGCCAUUGACAGUAUAUCUGAGUCUCAUUCAUUCUCAGCAUUCCCUGGAUCACCACCCCAUUACCAAGAGGACAUUCUUCACCGUCGACAUAACUUAAUGGAAGAGAUUUUGCAAUUAUCUGCAGAGUCAUAUUCAGUUCCUUCCUCUGAUAGCUAUUCCAGCAACAGCGAGGAUGACAUCUUUCCAUUUGAACCAUUGAUGCCAGAAAUUAUUCAACCUCCAGAUGUUAAGUCGCUGCAUGGAAGUGCUGAAGGUCAGUUGUCAUUAGAUCAUGGUGAAGAUAGUACUUCUAAACAAUGCCGUGAACCUCCGCUAGUAGGAGAAAAUGGCCUGUGCCUUUUUGAUUCAUCUGUUGAUAAAAUAUCUAGCAUGCAGAAGUCUGUUUGUCUAGGCUAUAGUGUGCCGUUGGCAAGAAAUGUUGUUCCUGAUGACGCCCAUGCGUAUGGAACUGAUCAUUCUGUCAAAUAUGAUUACAGUAAUCAGAGGAAGAGAGAAGGCAAGAAGAAAGUGAAAAAAAGAGUUAUUUCAUUGUUGGGGAAUUCCGUAGUUGGAACAACCAGCAGGGGAAAAAGGACAAGUUGUGAUCCGAGUGUUUUUGGAGUUGAUAUGGAAAUUGAACAAGAAAGUGAAAAUUUUAUUGAAAACUAUUUCAAUCUAAAUAUUGCGGAUUCUGGAGUUCAUGAAACUUGUCGGCAGUAUCUCAAUUGCAUUUGUAUACUUGAUUCUGAGGUAGUGUACAGAAAAGUGGUUCUUUUACUGAGUAGUAGAAACAAGUUGUAUGUACUUAGUGUCCGAGCUGCUGGAGAUGGUUCAGGAACCAUGCUUGUCUUAUCAGAUUGUCACAGCGUUGAAGAUAUUAGAGAGGUCUUUGUUGGCCUAGGACUUCAGGUUGUGAGGGUUUGCAUGGAGAGAGGCAUAAAGUAUGUGUUUGUAACUAGAAGCAUUGAGAAAUCAAGACAAUUACUUCGUAUGUUGCAAGUCUCUGGCAUUGAUACACCUAGUGACAAGAGCUCCCUAAGAAGUUUGGAGCAGGUUCAGGUUGUAUUGUUUGAAAAACAAAUAUGUGGAGGUGCAAAAGCUAACUUACUUCAAUAUUCUAUGGUGCUUUUUCGUUGCAGUGAGAUUCAUGGAGAAUUGUGGCAUCCUAGAUCAUUAUUUAUUUUUGGAAGGCAUUUACUUGUGUGCAUCGAGGAUUUAAUGCAAUUCGGUUCUUUCUCAAUUGAAGGAUUGUUGCCUCCAUACUUUGCACUCGAUUCAUGUUGUUUGAUUGCCGACAUACAUGAGAUGGUCGUUGAACUGGAGGGGGCUCUAUGUGUAACUUUAUUUUUAGAAUUUGCAACAUCAGAGUUCUCCUUAAUCCCCAUUGAGGAGGUCGCCACCGUGAAGAAGAAGGAUAAGUCAUCGUCACGUCAUAUAAAAUGGAAAUUAAAGUGGUUAUGUGAAAAGAGUCUACUGAAUUUCAUUGCACUGGCGAAGGCAAUCCACCUGGGAAGUAAGGAGUCCCCCUUGCCUGUAAGAUAUGUAUCAUGAUUGGGGAGGCUGGAGAAAAAGGUACAUAGGCAAUGGUUGUUCUUAUGUGUUUUUUUGGUUUUGAUUCAAUUCAUUCUUUUAUUGGCUUUAGUGUGUUGUGAGUCUAUUCUUUUUAGUGUGUGAUCUUUGGAUUACUACAUAUUCUACCAUGUAUAUAUUCUGUACAGUGUAUUAUAAUAACACCAUAGGAAGUCAAAAUUCUUUAUUUC